AUGACACGUGUGUGUGGAGGAUUCGUCAUAUCUGCCGCAGAUUUAAUACCUACAGCACAAAAUCGUAUUUCACAGUAUACGCGGAAUAAUAAUUAUUGCGUCGAUCGCAAUGAUCGAUCGAAACACGUAGCCGCCGACCCAGACAAAACCAGACCAGACCGAUGUAAUAACAUAGUAACCGUACAUCAUAUUUUGGCUCGUUUUCAAAACACCAUGACGAUCGACAAGCCAUCGUCACUAUACAACUGUGAGGCGCCGAACGAAUUUCACAACGACAAUAUUAUCAUCAUUAUAAUAACGAUUAACGAGUCUUAUCCUCAAAGCGCAAGGCGAGGUGUACUACCGGACCCAAGGCCGCUUCGGCAAAGGACGUGCCCCGUGCUCGCCCAGAAAACUGCGUCGGACCGAUUUCCUACGACCAAAGACCGCACGUUCGCAAUAGACGUAGACGUAGAUAAUGUUAUAUAA